UCCGAACUCUGACGAUCAUCGGCGCGUGAAAUCAAAAGAAGCCGACAGACUACACAAACUGUAAACAAAGAUGCCUUUAUCAGACUUUAUAUGGUCAGUGCAGACACACACCAAUGGAAUUAAAAGAAAGAUCUCUGGAGAUGCCUGUUCUCAAGAAUCUCUGGAACAACAGAGUAAAAAAUGCAGAGUUAUUUCCCCUGCUGGUGAUUUCAAUGUAUGUGAAAUGGAUGAUGAAAAUCAUAAUGAGAUGUCAUCACAGAACCUCAACAGCCAACUACAAAAUGACAGAUCUGAGUCAGAAUCUCAAAGUGUACCUAGGCUACAGGGACAGCAGCAAUUGACAUGCCCUAGUCUCCUAGUAUCUCAACCAUCUGGUCAAGGAUUUUUAUCUCAACAACCAUCUGGUCAAGGAUUUUUAUCCCAACAACCAUCUGGUCAAGGAUUUCUAUCUCAAGAACCAUCUGGUCAAGGAUUUUUAACUCAAGAACCAUCACAUCAUGGAUUUUUAUCACAACAGUCUAGUUCUAACUUUUUACCACAUCAAUCAAAUCCUGAUUAUUUAAGUCAGACUGGACUUUGUCCAUCACUGCAUGACCAACAGAACAACAUGAUAAUGAAUAUAAAUGAAGAGCUUUAUUCUUGUACAAGUCUGUUGUCUGAUGAAGAAAUGGCAUGUACCUCCAUGGAAUCUGACUUUGUACCAAAUCAACAACAAUAUAAUGCUAGAGACAGUUCUGUUCAUGGUUUGUGAUGGCUGACUUCCUGUUGGUAGGAGAUUUAACACCAACAAUGGAACGUGUGAAGUGUUACUGUCGUCCAACAUGGGAGGGUACCUUUGAUAUGAAACCAUAUGUGUCAGAUUAUUAUUAAAGAAGUUACCUUGGAAAUGCAGCUGUAUGUGUCAGACAACUAUUGAUGAUCAUGUUUUCAUGAUUUACUCCAUACUUUAGUCUCAUUUGCCAUUAUAUAUUCACACUAUUCUUGUUGCCAAUAUUUUGGUCAUUUUUUAUUCAAUAAAUUUAAUUGUAUUGGGCCUUAGGCCAAGUCUUUGUAAGACUUCUCCACUAUAACGUCUUGUUAAGAGUAUUUUGUUGCAGGUUAUUACUUUUUUAAAGCAUUUUUUUUAUAUAUAAAUAUCAACCAUAUUUUUUCUUUGGUGAGAUUUUUAUGAUCUAAGUUUUUUUUUUUAUCAGAAGUACUAUACAUAUCAAAGGUGACUGUCCUAAUCUUGUUAAGCUAACAAAGGCUAAAAGGGAAUGGUUGCACAAAAUUUAAGGAUCAUUAUAGAAUUAUUGAGUAACUUACUUAACUAAUUACCAUAAAAAUUGUAGUUCUCUUUGAGUAAAGUGUUCUAUAGAUACUAGUACCUUUGACAGGAAUAUAUGUUUUUUGUCAGAUUUUUUUAAUGCAACAAUUGUAUUUUAUGUAUAAACAUUUUAUAUUUGGAUAUUUCUGGCAUUAUGUUUCAAACAUAUAUGUUGGGGUUUUUUUAAAUUGAAAAGAUAGAAUUAUUUUGUAUUCACAAAAAUAGGUAUUGAAAAAAAGGUAUGGAAGUGAAUUUUAUAUAUGAUAACAUUGCAACUAAUUUUUUGGUCUUUCUGGUCAUUUAAUACUGUCUUCUUCAAGAAACAUAGCUUUUGAUACUGUUCUAGUUGUUACAUCCCAUGAAGCUGUUCUAUAUGAUCAUUACUGAAUCUUAAUUGGCACUAAGCCAUAUGCACUGGGGCAGCUAUAUUCAUAAAUCAGUGCUACAUUGUGUUUAACAUUAUAAUUAUUGCUCAUUCAAGCCUGGUAGAUUGAAGUUAUAUAUUCAUAGUGUGGUAAACAACAGAUUUUAUACAUUUUCUUGUUGAUUAAGAAUUUUGUAAAGUUUGUUAUAUCUUAAUGUUAGAUCUGUAUAUUGUUAGUGUUCUCAUUGUCAUACAGUUUUUACAAAGUAAAGUUUUAUAUUGUCA